AAAAGGCAGCAGCCGAGCCAGAGGCGCCGGGAGCGCGGAGCAGCGUGCCCACUCGCCGGACCAGGAUCAGGAGGUGUAUCCCAGCGCUGCAGACUUUUCCAGCCCCUCGUUCCAUUUCUGCCUAGUGAUCUUGUUAGCCGCCCGUGUCUGUUAGUGAGAGUCUUUUGGGUUGGACGUGUCUGUGAGACCUCACCGAAGGGCACCCCUGGACUCGACUUACCUGUCCCCUGCUCCUUCAGGGAUGGAGGCGAUGGCAGCCAGCACUUCCCUGCCUGACCCUGGUGACUUUGACCGGAAUGUGCCCCGGAUCUGUGGGGUGUGCGGAGACCGAGCCACAGGCUUUCAUUUCAACGCUAUGACCUGCGAAGGCUGCAAAGGUUUCUUCAGGCGAAGCAUGAAGCGGAAGGCGCUGUUCACCUGUCCCUUCAACGGGGACUGCCGCAUCACCAAGGACAACCGCCGCCACUGCCAGGCCUGCCGCCUCAAACGCUGUGUGGACAUCGGCAUGAUGAAGGAGUUCAUCCUGACAGAUGAGGAGGUGCAGCGGAAGCGGGAGAUGAUCUUGAAACGGAAGGAGGAGGAGGCCUUGAAGGACAGUCUGCGGCCCAAGCUGUCCGAGGAGCAGCAGAGCAUCAUCACUAUCCUGCUGGACGCCCACCACAAGACCUAUGACCCCACCUACGCUGACUUUGGCCAGUUCCGGCCUCCAGUUCGCAGGGGUGAGGGUGGAGGGAGCUGUUCCUGGGGUCUUUCCUCAAGACACAUGCCCAGCGUCUCCGGAGACUCAUCUUCAUCCUGCUCAGAUCCCUGCCUUGUCUCUCCAGAUGUGGUGGAACCGACCAGCUUCUCCAACCUAGAUCUGAAUGAAGAAGACUCAGAUGACCCUUCUGUGACCCUGGACCUGUCCCAGCUCUCCAUGCUGCCCCACCUGGCUGACCUGGUCAGUUACAGCAUCCAAAAGGUGGUCGGCUUUGCCAAGAUGAUCCCAGGGUUCAGAGACCUCACCUCUGAGGACCAGAUCGUGCUGCUGAAGUCAAGCGCCAUUGAGGUCAUCAUGUUGCGCUCCAACCAGUCUUUCACCAUGGACGACAUGUCUUGGACCUGUGGCAGCCAGGACUACAAGUACAAUGCCAGAGAUGUGACCCAAGCUGGACACAGCCUGGAGCUGAUCGAGCCCCUCAUCAAGUUCCAGGUGGGGCUGAAGAAGCUGAACUUGCAUGAGGAGGAACAUGUCCUCCUCAUGGCCAUCUGCAUUGUCUCCCCAGACCGUCCUGGGGUACAGGACCCCGCACUGAUCGAGGCCAUCCAGGACCGCCUGUCCAACACACUGCAGACCUACAUCCGCUGCCGCCACCCACCCCCGGGCAGCCACCAGCUGUAUGCCAAGAUGAUCCAGAAGCUGGCCGACCUGCGCAGCCUCAAUGAGGAGCACUCUAAGCAGUACCGCUGCCUCUCCUUCCAGCCUGACAGCAGCAUGAAGCUCACGCCCCUCGUGCUCGAGGUGUUUGGCAACGAGAUCUCCUGACCAGGGCAGCCUGUGGUGGCACUGGGGUGGGGCUGCUCCCUUGGGGCCAUGUGCCAGGGCCUGGGGCUGGGUGCUGCCCAGCAGGUCUUCCCACCCCUCCUGGAGUUCCGUCCCUCCUUUCCUACCUCCCUCCCCCCUCCGGCCCAUCCUCUCUCCUGCCCAACGUAACACCAGGUCCCCAUUUCCUGCAGGCCACAGGCUACCCCCAGUCCCUUGAGACCUCAGUCAUGAGGAGUUACUGUUUAUUUGACCAAGAAACUCAAGUAGGGGCAGAGGGCAGAGGCUGAAGGCAGGGUCUCGCCUGAGGAUGCCCCCAACACUCCAGAAGUGGCUGCUGGCUGGACCGAGGGAACAGGCAGGCAGAAAAAGCACACCCAUUCCUCAGGGACAGAGACACCCAUACCUCCCCCUGCUCCAGGCCCACCUGUCCAGAGCCUGGUGGGGAUCUCCCCCCAGCCCGGCCCACCCAUGAUAAACAACUGGCCACAACCCCACUCCACCCUCAUCUCAUCCUGCUACCACUCUGUGCUGUUCUGUCCCAGGGCAGUGUGCCAAGAUGGGGUCUUUUCCCUCUGCCUUCUCAUCCCAGGCUUGUCUAGGACAGUCACUGCCAAGAAUAACCAGAAACAAGGUGACUAAGGUCACAACUUGCCCCUCAUCCACCUCUGCUUGCCAAAAGGCACUUGUAUAACCCUUCAGUGUCCACUUCAUCCCGUCACCAUAAUAACAUUCUGCCUGCAAGUAGCUAUAGCAAGGUGGGCUUUCUCCCCUAGCCUGGGGCCACUGGCCCAGAACCCACCUGCUAAGAGGCCCAAGGAGGGAAGGAAGCAAGACCUAGGCAGUGGGGGACACACACGCCCAGCUUCACAGAAGAGUAGUAGAUGGCGGCCAUAGCUGUCCCUGUCACCAAGCCCAGGGAUCCUCUGCCUGGAUCUGAGGGGUUGAUUGAGGCGGGAGCUCUCCUUCCAACCACCCACUUGGCAGGACUGUGUUGCCUCCAGGACAGCCAAGGAUGAUCCAGAGAUAGGCCCAUUCUCCCAACUACCCCUGAGUCUGGAGAAGCGGUGCCUGCUCUGCUUACCAGCGGGGGCUGCAUCUGUUCCACCUGGCAGUAUGGGAGGGAGGAGAAGAACUUCCAGACCCAACAGCAAAGUCGUGCUCCCCUUGCCCACCUAGGUGUGGUUCCAAGGCUGCUGGUCCCCCGGCAGAACCAGGAGCUAAUGCUCCAGCACCUCAGGUGGGGGUGGAGGGAGGAAGUUGGCCUCUGGGGUCUAGUCGGAGAGAGCAUGUGGGGCUGGUUCCUUUCUUAGUCUCACUCUACCACCCCAAAGUCAGCAGGGGCCUGUGGGGCAGGGUAGGGGUGGAGGGUCCAUAACUUCAAACUUGACCAGCCCGGGAGGUGGGAACGCUCCUCUCUUUACUCCGGGUGGGGCUCUUUGGUGAGUGAGUUGUAGGUGUGCAGGACCAGCACAGAGGGGCUUCUUCCAGGAGUCAUAGAGGGUCCUUCAGAUUGUUGCUUGAGUUUGCGGAACACGCCUGCAUUUGAUGUGUCAACAGGGGGGAGUUAAUGUCCAUAGGAUGUCCCCUCCCCCUGCAUCUGCUGUUCCCUGGAAGCCCCGGGAGCAAUCUGACCGAGCACGGCAGAGCCCACCUGGCCCACCGUUUCUUCAGGAGGAGAAACGCCUGACGGCCACGGUCCUGAGUGCAGAAUACCAUCCUUAUGGCUGAAUCUUACGUUUAUUGGAUUUGAGUUGUUUUCAGAAUCAGACUCCAUUUUGUACUACGUUCGAAUAUAGCGGGUAGUAGGCACCACUGAUUAAGAGGUAUUUAUGGGGGGAAAGCUUACAUGGUGAAAAUUCUAUACAUUAAUUAUUAUUGUUGUUGUCAUUUUACAAAUUAGAGAGAGACCCUUGUUAUUUGAUUUUAGCUGCAGAACACAUUGGUGCAGCUUGCUAUUCAGUGGGAGAAAAGACUUGAAAAAUCGCUAAACUAGUUCAACUCCCUUGUUAAAGAAAACUGACGCUGAGAGGAGGGCCUGACUCACCCAAGCUCAUAGAACUAGUUGGAAGCUUCGCCGGGACUGGACCCAGACUUUGGACUUUGGACUUUGGUCCAGUGCAGGGUUCACUAGAACACACUUGAGCUCAGACCCCAUGUCCCUUCCCCUGGGGGCUGACCUGGUCUUUUGGUGGAAGCUCUGGAUUUUAAACAGAGCAAGUCUAGAUCCGGGACCCCGGCCUCCCUUCCCUGGGUUCUCACCCCGCUGAUGCAUCAGGAAGAGGAGGAGGACACCUGAGCCUGCAUCUCAAUGUGAAUCAGAUCCCCCACCCCCAGUGUGACCCUGGCUGGAUGGAUGGGGUCUCUGCCUCAGCCCUGUGUGAUGCUGUUGCCUUAUCAAUAAAGUGCAUUUGUCUUUGUA